AAGCACUCUCAACUAUACAAUACAAGAUAUUUUUGUGCGUCCAAUAGUAAACAGUGGAGAACGAGCAUUUCUAUUGAUUCGGGGGAUUAGAGUGGUGUGCAGAGAAGGCUACUUUGGUCCUGACUGUGGUUGCAGCAUACGAAACGACUCCACUACCCUUGAACCACCCUCCUGGUCCAAUACCAAUAAUCUAGCAUUCCUGUCCAUUCUCCCGACAGCAGUGGGCGGGGCAGUGGGUGGACUAGUUUUUAUGGUAUUAUUCCUUGUUUUUGUUAUUGUGGUAGUGUGUGUCUGCAAGUGCAAGAGCAAAAGGAAUCAAGCUACAAGAGGUGUUGAGGAGAAUCCAAGCAACACAGAAGAUGAUGCCCUCUCAUUGUAUACACAAGUCAACAAGGAGAAUAAUACCCAACAAGAGGAGGCCCCUCCAAUUAACCCUUAUCAGGAAAGCAUCUACGCGGAGGUAAAGAAGACGAGACUGUUUACUAAGAACGGGCAUGUUGACAAGGAGCCACACUACAGCACCCCUAGCAAUGCCUCUACACCACAGUACAGUGUACCUAGCACUGUUCUCAUGGAUACACCACAAUACAGUACCCCACUUUCAAAGGACGCUAGCGAUAACCUUAAGGAGCCACAGUACAGCACUCCUAUUUCUAGGGGGGCUACCCUUACCCGUAAGCCCCAAUACAGUACGCCUGUUAGCACACUACCCAGGGAUUACCCUAAGGAGACACAGUACAGCACACCUGUUUCCAAGGAGACUACAUCACCACCCACUAAGAAACCACAGGUUAUGUAUGCUGACAUAAAGGUUUCCACGUUAUCCAGAACCACGGGGGAUGAAUCUACAAAGUCAAAUAAAAAUGACAAGAUUGAAGUACAGUACUCGGAAAUUCAAGCAUAAGCUUAAGCAUUAUAAGAAUUGCAAGGAAAACAUUAGAAUCACUAUUAUUGACUGACUGUAUAGGCACAUAUUGUUUUUAUAGUGCUGUGCAGUACUACAGCGGCCUGCAAUGGGUUCAACAUGCUUGGCCAAACAGUAUAAUUAAAUGCAUAGCACUAUAAUUAUAUAUACAGUAAUGUAGGUGUGAAAGGUCAUAAUAAAUUAUUGUUUACAGAA